UAUAAAAAUAUAUUUGUGCAGAAUCUAUCAAAUAUCCAUGGCCGCUCUUCUUCUUCAUCAGAGUCUCAACUUGUUUCCCAUUUCUCAUGAUAAAUCACAACCCUUCCACAGGAACAGGACCAGGACCAGGACCAUUCAUGUCCUUCAUUCAUCAAAACCUAUAGAAAAGAGCAACUACACCCCCGGCGUCUUUGAUCCUGUUUUUCUAAAUUUAUUCCGAAAUAAGAUGGUGCAGGAAGUUGGAUGGGACUCGGAGAAGCCAGGUUACGAUGGAUUAAUAGACGUAGCCAAUCGUCUUAUGCUUGCCAGAACCAACUCUCAAACACAGGAAGCAGCGGUUCGCAUAUUAAGAUCAUUGUUUCCUCCCUUACUGUUAGAGCUCUACAAAAUCCUGAUUGCACCUAUUGCUCAAGGGAAAUUGGCUGCUCUCAUGGUAGGUGAGUUUUUCUUUUCAUUUUCCUUUGCUUUGCUUUGCUUUGCUUUUGUUAAUUGUUAUAUAUUUCAACAUGUAUUGUGUUGUGAAUGUGAAGCAAGGGUGACUGCACUAUCUUGUCAAUGGCUCAUGGGUAGUUGCACGGUUAACUCUGUCGAUGGAUCCUCAUUGCCGACUGGGGUGUUUGUUGAAAGAUGCAAGUAUCUAGAGGAGAGUAAAUGUGUGGGGAUAUGUAUCAAUACAUGUAAACUUCCUACUCAGGAGUUCUUCAUGGAUUACAUGGGAGUUCCUCUACUUAUGGAGCCAAACUUCAAUGACUAUAGCUGUCAGUUCAAAUUUGGAGUUCUCCCCCCGCAACAAGACGCCACUUUGAAGGAACCUUGCCUGGAGGUGUGUCCACAUAAAAAUGAAAUCAAGUGCCCAAAGGCAUAAACAAAUUUCAUUACCAACUUUCUUAUGUCAUCUAUUAUUGUUCAAUGUAAUCCAAUACCGACAUGGUAUUACAUAUGUCAUCCGAUACAACAACUCUGCAUCCUGAACAUGGUGGUAUCAUUUGAUUAUGAAGAAAAACAUAUAAGUUGCAUUCUCA